UCUGAGAAUAUCUAAUAACACUUGUGUUCCCAAACCAUCCCUUACUCUUUUUGGUGCAGUGUCAAUAUCAUUAGGCCAAUUAUUUCGGAUGUGGAAAUGGUAAAUUUCUCCGGGAUAUUGUUUUGGUUACUCACCUUAAUUAGUUCCGGUGAUUUUGGUUUUCUUUCUUUGUUCAAAGUUUCAAUUUCUCUAAUUUGAGUUUUUUUGCAUAUAGAAAGGUCUUAACUUGUUUCAACUAAGCCUGAAUUCCAACCAAUUGGGAUCAGCUGCAUUGAUUCUUUAUCAAGACUCAGCCCUCUCUGUGACCAUACACGUGUAAAAUGCAACUGUAUAAACAUAUGCCUAGGCACUUUGGAAGCUGAUGAAUGGUGAUCUCCGAGUUCUCAUAGUACUGUGCUUGUUUGGAGGCUGUAAUAUUUUGACAUCCAUGAGUGUCCUCACCAACCAUCCACCAACGCAUUGUUGCCUAGAGAGAGAAUUGCGGUCAUCAUAUUUAUGAUUAUAGUUUUGAUUUUCGUUUAGUCGCACUGUGGGGUAUCAUUAUAUCAUCGAUUUCACUUUUUUGAAAUAUUAAAGGUGCAGAGAUAUCUUUCUGGUUUUUGCAAGCCCAGUGAUAGUGUAGGUGCUAUUUGAACAUUGAUCGGAAGGUUAUGUGAUUAAAAUUAAGUCUUCUUUGUCUCACUAAUCUGUUGGACCUAGAUAUUCCAGUUUUUAUUCUAGAUGAGGAGAGAAUUUUUAGUUAUAAUAUUCUCCUACUGGCAUUUGAGCAGAAUGGCCUUACAAACAGAAAAUCCUCCUACUACCCCCAGUGCCCAAGUGGUUGGAAAUGCUUUUGUUGAGCAGUACUAUCGUAUUCUUCACCACUCGCCAGAAUCGGUCUAUAGAUUCUAUCAAGAUUCAAGUGUGCUAAGCCGACCUGAUUCUAAUGGUGUGAUGACCUCAGUGACAACCAUGCAAGGUAUCAAUGAGAAGAUUCUUUCCUUGGAUUACAAGGACUACAAGGCAGAGAUAAAGACUGCAGAUGCUCAGAAAUCUUACAAGGAUGGAGUAACUGUGCUAGUAACUGGAUGUUUAACGGGCAAGGAUAACCUGAGAAGGAAAUUUGCGCAAUCCUUUUUCCUUGCUCCACAAGACAAUGGAUACUUUGUCCUUAAUGAUGUUUUUAGGUAUAUGGAAGAUGAUGAAUCAUUGUACAGCCAUGCAGCUAAUGGAGUUGGUGUAAAAACUGUCCCCUUGACCCCUGACCAAGAGCCAAUUCAUAGUUCUGAUCCUCCUGCCACAGUUCAGGAAACUUCUACUUUGGAAGUGGAUCAAAAUGUUGACGAGAAAUCUUAUGACUUGUCCGAGCAAGAAAUACAGUUGGCUUUUGAAAAAGAGGAUGUCAUGCUGUCUCAAUCUCAUUCAAAUGGUCAUGAUGUUUCCGCAGCUGUCGAAUCAUCUUCUUCUUCAGGCCAAGAUGAUGCUCCAAAGAAGUCCUAUGCAUCAAUUGUUAAAGUUACAAAAGGGAGUUUAGGCCCAACUCAAGUUUAUGUACCAACUAAUACAAUAAAGGUGGCUCCUAAGAAAACUGAGAACCAGUCACCAGGGUCGGUGGCACCUAAUUCAGUUCCUGAGGCAUCAGCCCCAAGUAGUGUUGGCACCCCUGAAAGUAGCAAUACUCAAGAUGAAGUUGAGGGCCACUCCAUCUACAUUCGUAAUUUGCCCUUCGGUGUGAGAGUUGAGCAGCUUGAUUCAGAAUUCAAGAAAUUUGGGCCAAUCAAGCAAGGAGGCAUCCAAGUCAGAAAUAAUAAGCAGCAGGGAUACUGUUUUGGCUUUGUUGAAUUUCAGUCUUUAAGCUCCAUGAAUAGUGCAAUUCAGGCUUCACCUAUCAUAAUUGGGGGGCGUAAGGUUGUUGUUGAAAUAAAGAGAACUACAGCUCGAGUUGAUAUUAGUGGAAGAGGUAGGUUCUCUUCUGGAAGGGGAGGUUAUCGUAGUGACAGCUUCAAAAGCCGUGGGAGUUACAGUGGUGGCUGGGCAUAUGGUAGAAAUGAGUACCGAAUCCAGGGUGAUUUUCCUGGCCGUGGGAGGAGCCAUGCAGGGCGUGGUGAGGGUUAUCAGCGAGGGAGAGGAGGACGUCCCAGUGGACCAAAGCAAAAUGCUUCCUCAUGAAACUCUAUGAGGUCAUUUUUAUCAUUGAUUUUUGACAAAAUUGUUUCUAUGAUCAUUGAUCAGUACUAUGAUAAAAGAAGUGCAAGUCAUUUAGUUCGAGUAUUGGACUCUCUUAGUUGGGAGUGAAAAUUGAGAUGAAUUCUGUAGUUUAGGGUCCCGCCGUCCCCCGCCCAAAAUAACAAAUGUUUGCGGCACUUUUCCCCCUUCCAUACAAAUUUGGUACAAAUGUAGCUUUGGUUCAACCUACAGCUGCAAAAAGCUUUUGAUGUUUCCCCAAUGGGAGUUGCAUGGUUGUAGAUUUUGGUAGUUGUAACGUUAUGAUCUAACCAUUGAGUAGAUGGAAUGUUUUUCUGGUUUUCAAUACAAACCAUUGAAUGAUUUGCAA